AUGUUGGCACGGAAGACAAGAGGAGAUACACUGCUGGCUGAUGACGAGCGCGAGGAGCUGAUGUUAACGAGACGGGGAUCCCCUUCACCUUCGCCCGAGGAAAGGUCAGAACUGCACACUUCACUGGCUAUGGAAGAAAAGGAGUCCGCAGCCACACCGGCGACACCCAUGUCGGCCAAGGAUACUUGGAACUUUGCACUCCUGGUUGUAUUAUAUCUUCUGCAAGGAGUUCCUGUUGGGUUGGCGUUUGGCAGUAUCCCGUUCCUGCUCAAGGCCAAGAUGAGCUACACACAAAUCGGAAUCUUCUCGUUGGCUCACUACCCCUACAGCAUGAAGUUUCUCUGGUCACCCAUCGUCGAUGCAGUCUACAGCAAGGAAAUCGGACGGCGCAAGUCAUGGAUCGUCCCCAUUCAGCUCCUGACAGGAUUCAUGUUCCUCUGGCUUGGGAUCAACAUUGACGACUGGAUGAGUCAGGACCAGAUCGCGGUCGGGACCCUGACGGUGGUGUUCUUUGUGCUGAUCUUCUUUUCGGCCACACAGGACAUUGCAGUCGAUGGGUGGGCGCUGACACUGUUGUCGAAGGAUAAUCUCUCCUACGCGUCGACGGCUCAGACGAUUGGACUCAACUCGGGCUACUUUUUAUCUUUCACGGUCUUUCUGGCGUUCAACUCUCCAGCGUUCAGCAACAAGUACUUUCGAUCGGAGCCUCAGGAAUAUGGUCUGGUUCCCCUAGGAGGAUACCUCAAGUUCUGGUCGAUGAUGUAUUUCGCGAUCACAUUGUGGUUGGUCUUUCUGAAGAAGGAGGAGCGGUCACAUUUGGACGAUAACGACAUCGAUAUCAAGUCGGUCUACAAGAUCAUCCUCAAGAUCAUCCGUCUGCCGCAUAUGAAAUCCUACAUGCUUGUGCUGUUGAUGGCCAAGGUUGGAUUCGUUGCCAACAGUGCGGUGACGGCGCUCAAGUUACUGGAGAAAGGAUUCAGUAAGGAGGAUUUGGCGCUGGCAGUGUUGAUCGAUUUCCCGCUCCAGAUCAUCUUUGGGUACUAUGCCGUCCGCUGGAGUUCUGGCGCUCGGCCUCUCAAGCCUUGGCUAUGGGCGUUCUGUGCCCACCUUGUGUGCUGCGUUGUCGCAAUGCUGAUCGUGUCAGGAUUCCCUGAAGAUGGCGUUGUGACCCCAACUUAUUUUUACAUGGUCCUCGCAACCACUGUUACAACCUCUUUCACAAGUACCGUGGCGUUUGUGAGCAUGGGCGCGUUCAUGACGGUCAUUGCGGAUCCCGUCAUCGGAGGCACCUACAUGACUUUGUUGAAUACAUUGAGCAACUUUGGAGGCACCUGGCCACGGAUCUUUGUCCUCAAGGCUGUCGACUAUUACACCGUCUCCAUGUGUUCCGUUCCUAACAUGGACAACGAAGAAUUCUCGUGCGCGUCAGAACCAGGCAAGUCGUUGUGUCAAGAGGUGAAUGGAGAGUGUCUGAUGCAACAGGAUGGGUACUAUUAUAUCAACACGUUAUGUGUCACCAUUGGUACCGUGCUGCUCUUCACGUACAUUGCGCCGACUAUCCGAUACCUUGAAUCGUUGAAUCCGAAGAUGUGGAAGUUACCCAAAGACGAAAGUUAG